AUGUCUAUAUACGUCGAUAUGGGGAAAUUUGAAGCUACAAAGACAUUGAUCCAUACUGAUUCUAUUGCGACCUGUCAUGUUCUUCUUCUUGAUGGGCUUUAUUAUGCUGUUCCAUUUGCAUACAUGCAUCAUAAUUCAUAUGCAAUUGCUACAAAUAGAAUAGCAAAUGAUCUAAAAUCAUUGUUGGGUUCUCUGAUGGACAAACUUUGUACUAGCGUUGGAAACAUAAUGAAAAAACCAAUAAAAUUGAAAAAUUUUAACGAUUUACGGCUCUUCAUUUUUGGUGGUGCUAUUUAUGAAGAAGACCAUGAACGAGAGGCAUAUUCUCUCUUAAUAAAUCCAUCUGCAUCUAUGUAUGAACAUUUGGCAACUAUCCUAGAUACAAAUGGUAUCAACUUCUACCACAAACUCGUAAAUCAGACGGUCAUCUUAAAGGCAAUAACAUAUGAAGCACCUUCAGCUUCAGAUGAGUAG